AUGCCACCACGGCAAGCGUCGCUGCACGCGUUCUUUGGCGCGUCGCGCGCGCCGAAGCGGGCGCGUGUCGAGGAGGAAGAUACGCAGGAAAAAGAAGCGCUUGUGCCAGAAGGGCGCGAAGCAGAGGCGCGCGAGGCAGAGGAGCCGAUGCCAGACGCGCCCCAAUCGCAUGCAAGAACGAAUCUCCUCGACACGCUGCGCUUUGACGCGCACGCGUCCGAGGCCUCCCCGACGCUGCCCCCCAUCCGGCCGCCCCGGCCCACACAUGCUGCCUUUACGUCGGUCGUCGCGCCGCGCCACAAGGCCGCCCAAGGGGCCGUCAAGUACACGCCGCUCGAGCAGCAGAUCCUCCAGCUAAAAAAGGAGAAUCCUGGAGUGCUGCUCCUCGUCGAAGUCGGCUACAAGAUGAAGUUUUACCAGGAGGAUGCGCGCAUCGCGAGUCAGCUGCUCAAUAUUGCGUGCUUUCCGGAAAAGAACCUCGAGGCGGCCAUGAUUCCCGUGCCCCGCCUCUCGGUGCACGUCAAGCGCCUCGUCGCACACGGCUACAAGGUCGGCGUGUGCCGCCAGACGGAGACGCGCGCACUCAAGGCCGCGACAGAGAAUGCGAACAAGCCCUUCACGCGCCAGCUCACGGCGCUGUACACGGCCAGCACCUGGAUCGACGAAGUUGGUGCUGCACAGUCGCCCGACGAGCUCGGCGGCGAGCAGGUGCUGCUCACCGUCUCAGAGCGGCCGCACGGCGACCGUGUCGAGAUCGGGAUGGCGGCCGUGGACGUCGCGACGGCCGCCGUGACGCACGACAUGUUUGUCGACGAUGGCCUGCGCAGUGAACUCGAGACGCGUCUCGCGCACCUCGCACCAAAAGAGCUCGUGCUCCCGUCUGGCCUCUCGGCGCAGACGGAGCGCAUUCUGCGUGCAUACGCCGCGCAUGCACGGGGCGAGCAGCCUGCGCGCGUCGAGUGCGUCGACGGCGUGCAUGCCAAAGACGCGGCGGCAGUUCUUACCGACGCGUCCAGCGACUGGGACGCGCCGACACUCCCCUUGGUCCUUGCAUUGCCGCCCCUCGUGCAGUGCGCCACUGCGCAGCUCGUGCAGUAUCUCGCAUCCUACCAACUCGCCUCGGCGUUUGGCGAGGCCGCCAACUACCGCGCAUUCUACGACCGCACAUCGAUGCUGCUUAGCAGCCACACGAUGCGCAACCUCGAACUGAUGCACAAUGCGACCGACGGCCAGGUACGUGGCAGCCUCUUUUGGCACCUGGACCGCUGCCGGACGCCGAUGGGCAAGCGCCUCUUGCGGCAAUGGCUGCGGCGCCCGCUCCUCCGCCCCGCACAAAUCGCCGAGCGCGCCGAGGCCGUGGACAUUCUCCGCCAGCGCCGCCUCGCGAUAUUGCACCAGGCGGCUGCGAUGCUUGUGCGUCUGCCGGACCUCGCGCGCGGCCUCGCGCGCAUCGCCUACGGCCUCGUCGAGCCGACCGAGCUCGCGACGGUCCUCUUGAGCCUGCACCGCAUCACGCGCGAGUUUCCUUUCCGCGCUGCGAGCGAGGUGCACUCGGGCUCGGCACUGCUCGACGAGGCGCUUGCGUCGCUGGCGGCCGCGCGCGAAGCUGUGGCGCAGCAUCUCGACGCGAUCAAGAUCGCCGAGGCGCGCAAAAAUGCCAAGACGGAGCUGUUUGCCGAUGUCGCGCGCUACCCUGCGAUCCAAUCGUGGAAAGAUCAGAUCGCCGACGACGACGCGCAGCUCGCGGCGCAUCUCGACGAGGUGCGCACGCUGCUUCACCGGCCCAAGCUGCAGUACCUCUCGGUCUCUGGCAUCGAGAACCUGAUCGAGGUGCGCACGGCCGAUGCGAACAAAACCCCGGCGGACUGGGUGCGUGUCAACAGCACCAAGGCUGCUGUGCGUUUCCAUACCCCUACGAUCGUGCGCCUCUCGAAGCUGCGCGAGCAGCACCGCGAGCAACUCGCCGAGGCGGGGCGCGUCGCGUGGCGCGACUAUGUGCAGUGUGUCGCCCAAGACUAUGCACCGAUGCACCGCGUCGUGCACGCCAUUGCGGAGCUCGACGCGCUCACGUCGCUUGCGGACGUCGCGUCGCUUCCGGGCUAUACGCGCCCUGACAUUGCCGAGGACGACGAGGUGGUCCUGCGUGGAUUCCGCCAUCCAGUCGUCGAGGCGCUGCGGGACGAGUCCUAUGUCCCGAAUGAUGUGACGCUCGGCGGCGAGCGCCCGCGCUCCAUCCUCCUCACCGGCUCCAACAUGGGCGGCAAGUCGAGCACGGUGCGCGCCAUCGCCCUCGCCCUCAUCCUCGCACAGAUCGGCUCGUUUGUUCCGUGCGAGGCGGCACGCAUGCCGUGCCACGACGCGAUUGCGACGCGCAUGGGGGCACACGACGACCUCGCACGCGGCAAGUCGACCUUUAUGAUCGAGGCCGAAGAGACGGCGCAGAUGCUGCGCACUGCGACGCCACGCUCGCUCUUGCUCCUCGACGAGUUUGGGCGGGGCACGUCGACGUUUGACGGCGCGGCGCUCGCGCACGCAGUGCUCGGCACGCUCCUCGCGCAAGGCAGCCACUCACCCAAAGUCCUCUUUAUCACGCACUAUGUCUCUCUCGGCUCGCUCGCGCACGCCUACCCCGACCAAAUUGCCAACAUGCACAUGGCGACGCGUCUCGACACGCGCGGCGCCGAGACGGAGAUCGUGUUCCUGCACAAGCUGCAAGAGGGCCUUGCGCCCGACUCGCUCGGCGUGCACGUCGCCCGGCUCGCAGGGCUACCCCGCACGCUCGUCGCCUCGGCGCAGGAGCACGCGCGUGCGCUGCGAGCGUCUCACCACGCUGCCGAGCAGCGGCGCCAGCGGCACCGCGCUGCGGCGCUCGUGCGCGCUGCGUUUGGCGCAAAGAACGCGGCCGAGGCGCUGUCGCUCGCGAAAGCGUGGUACUCGUCUUCGUAA